AAUCCUGGCUAAAGGAUAUUUGUUACAUGUACAAAAUACUCGUCGUUGCUGGGUAAUGGAUUAUAAACACGAUGUGCAGAAGUGGCUCCUUCUACUGCUGCUCAGCGCAGAAGCGGCGUUCCACUCCCUCCAAUACAUCAUCACUGCAACCACUCCAGGAAUAGAUUUCCCAGAGUACAUUGUGGUGGGUCUGGUGGAUGAAGAGCAGUUUGUAUACUAUGACAGCAACAUCAAGAAGAUGAUUCCAAAGACAGAGUGGAUGCAGAAGAAUGUGCGUGAAGAUUACUGGACCAGUGAGACACAGAAGCAGGAUCGAGUUCAAGAGAUCUUCAAGGCUAAUCUGGCUAUCUUAAUGAAGAGGUUUGAUCAGACAGAUGGGGUUCAUACUUUACUGAGGAGGUCUGGCUGUAACCUAGAUAAAAAUGGCUCUGUCACAGGAUAUUUCCAGUUUAAUUAUGAUGGAGAAGAAUUCCUCAUUCUGGAUCUGAAAACUUUAACCUGGACUGCAGCUCAUCAAAAAGCUCUUGGUACCAAACUCAAGUGGGAGGCUGCUGGAGAUCCACAUUUCAGGAAGCACUAUCUGGACAAUGACUGUGUCGACUAUUUAAGGAAGUAUGUGGAAUAUGGCAACUCCACUCUGGGCAGGAAAGUCUCUCCUGAGGCGUCUCUGUUCCAGAAGGACUCUUCUUCUCCAGUGGUGUGUCAUGCCACAGGUUUCUUUCCCAAAGCAGUGAUGAUCUCCUGGCAGAAGGAUGGAGAGGAUCUGCAUAAGGACGUGGAGCUCAGAGAGACGCUGCCCAACCAGGAUGGAACCUUCCAGAAGAGGAGCGUUCUGACCGUCUCACCUGAGGAGCUGAACAGACACAACUACACCUGCAUCAUUCAGCACAGCAGCCUGGAGGAGGAGGUGGUGCUGUUGGUGUCUGACCUGUCAGGAGAUGGAGGGUUAUCAGCAUUUGUGCACACGUGGCUGUUCUGCUCCUCGUGCUCAUUGUUUUCGCUGGAGUUCUCAUUUGGAUAAAGACGUGAGCUUAAAGUGUAGACUGUGCAUUUAUCCCUUUCGUAGCAUACAGUUAUUCCAUUUUUAGGUAAAUCUUUUUUCAGUUUGUCCCCGAACGGAUAGUGUAAUAUGUAUUAAUCAUCUUGUAAAUGUAAUAAGUUUUCAGCAAUGUAAUGGGAUAUUACACUAUCUAUAAAGCUUUUAUUACAUUUUAAAAAAGGUUAAGUGUAAAAUGUUUGUGUACAUUUCUAAACUUUAUGGAUUUGCUGGGUUAUACGCCUUUUUUCAUGAAUAUUUGUCACGCAGUCAACGGGGAAGUCGGACUCCACUUCCCAGAAUGCUAGGGAGGAUCACGUGAUCUUCCCCCACACCUGUCAGCGAUCACAGUCGCCGGAAUUCUAAUGUUGCACACCUGUUUCUCUCUUUAUAAGCUGGGACUUUACUUGGACUCUUUGCGAGGUAUUGUUCCAUGCAAUUACUGAGCGGUAUAACUAUAGUAUAUUUCCUGUGUAUCGACUUCUCGCUACUCCUGACCCGGUUUUGUGUAUUGUUUUGCCCUUGUGUACCUCUGCCUGCCUGGACUGAAUUGUGUCACGACUUUGGAUUGGACUCGGAUAUAUGUUUUCUCCCUCUGGGGAUUCUCCUGAUUACCUCCGGUAAUAAAUCUCUUCCCCUUUUA